UUCACGUUUGGAGACUUGAUUUCCCGUCGUGCACCUCGCAGGGCGGACAGCGCUUCCUUGUCAAGAUGGCGGCUCCCUUGACUCUGCUGUUGAUUGUGGCCGUUACGAUCCGUGCCGCUUUGUUCCGGUCCAGUUUGGCGGAGCUGAUUGCAGAGAGGGUGGAGGUGGUGUCGCCGAUAACCGCCUGGAAGAGAGUUGUUGAAGGUUUGGCUCUGCUUGAUUUGGGAGUUUCACCAUAUUCUGGAGAUGUUUUCCACGAGACUCCUCUCAUCAUCUACAUGUUUCACUUUUUGGUGGACUACGCAGAGAUCACAUUUAUGCUGGCCGACGUGAUCACCGCUGUGGCUCUUUACAUGGCAGUGAAGGAGUACAACAAACAAGUGUUCAGAAAGCAGAAGUUUGCUUUGGAGGCCGACCGAUACCCCAUGGACUCUCUGGAGCUCAUCAGAAGCCCCAAAGAAAUGUACUACGUCCCUCUGAAAGUAGCCAUGUUUUACCUGCUGAACCCGUUCACCAUCUUAUCCUGUGUCGCCAAGUCGACCUGUGGCCUGAACAACGCCGUGCUCGCCCUCUUCUUCCUCUCCACAAUAAAAGGAAAUGUCUUACUGAGUGCCAUAUUCCUCUGCUUGGCCACUUAUCAGUCCAUCUAUCCCAUCACCUUGUGCGCUCCUGCCAUGCUGUAUUUUAUGCAGCGUCAGUACAUCCCAGUGAAUUUCCGUCGGGUCAGCUUCUGGUGGUUCAUCGUGCAGUAUCUCUUCAUGUACCUCGGCAGCUUGUUUGUCCUCAUCUGUCUUUCCUUUUUCCUGCUCGGCUCCUGGGACUACCUGCCCUCCGUCUACGGCUUCAUCCUCUCGGUUCCUGACCUCACUCCGAACAUCGGCCUCUUCUGGUAUUUCUUUGCCGAGAUGUUUGAACAUUUCCGCCUCUUCUUCCUCUGCGUCUUCCAGAUUAAUGUUUUCUUCUACACCAUCCCUCUGUCCAUCAAACUAAAGGAGCAUCCCGUCUUCCUGAUCUUCAUGCAGUUAGCUGUGAUCUCCAUCUUUAAGUCGUACCCCACUGUGGGAGACGUUGCACUCUACCUGGCCUUCCUUCCUGUCUGGAGUCACCUGCACAGAUUCCUGAGGAACAUCUUCCUGGUGUCCUGUGUCUUGCUGGCCUGUUCGGCUCUGUUCCCGGUUCUCUGGCACCUCUGGAUCUACGCCGGCAGCGCCAACUCCAACUUCUACUACGCCAUAACUCUGCUCUUCAACGUGGCGCAGAUCCUGCUGGUGUCAGAUUAUUUCUACGCCUUCUUGAGGAGAGAGCACCACCUCACCAACGGGCUGUACCUGAAGAGGAAGGACGGCUCUGAGGCGACGCUGAUUCUCAAAUAAAACGCCCCCGUGUUUGCUCUGAAGGGAGGAAUAAACUCAUCUUCUUUUUAUCCUCAGAGGGAACAAACAAAAACUGAAGGAGGGUAAAAGACUUUCAGACCUCCUGUGGUCCUCAAACAGAUCAAAACGGCACACGCAGAACGUGCGCACGGUACAGCGUCACAUGCAAACAAUAGCACUGCAACAUACAACAUGACAGACGUGUGGGAUGUCGACACGUGGCUUACUCUGAAGCCUCACCUCCACCUGUAACCUCCACCUGUAACCUCCACCUGUGGUUACUUCCUGUAAGCCACUCUGGGAAAGUUUAUUUUUUGAUGCUUUGUUGUUCUUGCAGCUCCAGGUUUUAUUUUAAAGCACCAGCUGUCGUGCUGAAGGAAAAACCUCUUUUAUUUGAUCAUUCUCGCCCACGUGCACGCGUUUGUGUUUUCCUAAUUGCCUUUUUGUUAAAAGUGGCAUCUGUCGUGGUCAGAGGAGAAAGAAAAAGCUGUUUUUAAGAGCUUAGAAACCUUUAAUUUCUCACCAGUUUAACAGUGUUUGCCUUUUACAGUCUGCUCUUCAGUUCUCGUUUACCUAAAGUCAUCUAAAGUAAAAACCAGUUCAACCUCAUUGUGUUGCAGAACACUACCUGAGAUUUUGAUCAGAAACUGGAAAGUUUUUCUGGCGAGAAGCUGCGUUUGUCAAACAUCAGAUAAUAACAACUACCGAGCAGGAAACGAAGACUGCAGUGAAUGUGUUGACAACUGAGUCGCUCGAGUUUGGCAUGUUUGGAGAGCAGAAACAGAUAAUCAUCAUUAAGCUUCGGUGGAGGGUUGGAGACUGGUCCCAGGAAGAACACACACAAUAAUGGAUCCAAAUAUUUAUGAUGGUUUUGGUUGUAGAUUUAAAUAUCACAGAGGAGUGGAGUCUGAAAUGUAAAGGGCCCUUCUUCUUCUCCUCCUCCUUCUUCUUGUUGUUGUUUUGGACCAAGUUAAAGCUGCAGUGAGCUCGUGUUUUCCACUUUCAUAUUUAACCCCAAAUAAUUCACCAAAUGAAUCCCUGCUUUACUCGUAUUUCUGCAUGUCAUCAAGGUUAUUUACUUAGAUCGAAUUUGUAAUUAACAUUAAAAAAUGAACUCUGA